GCUAUAUCACACUACCUCGCUCUGCCCACCCCGGCUGGCAGUAUGCUGGGCGAGCCUGGUUAGCACAGACUUUACUUGCGGCUAAUUAGUGUGUUUUGCAAGUGGUCUGGAAGAACAACACACACAUUGGAUGAACUUGUUCUGCGGACUAAUAUGAGAUCUGUUGGAACCAUAAAUUGACCUGGGAAUACUACCUGCACUGUAUUCUACUUUUUUUUUUUUGGGGGGGGGGGUUGCACUGGUCACACCAACCAACUGUACUGGUUUACUACUAAGAUGUCUGAACAAAUAUUAGCUGUGUACUUAUGGUUCAACCUGCCCGGGACUAAGUGAACCUAUCAUAAGCAAGUAGAGUGUAUGCGUUUAGCCCUUGGACAUUUAGCUCAAACUCUUACUCAGAGUAGCCACUCGUUAACAUACUGUAGUAGAAGAAAGGCCUACUUUUGACUACUUUAAAGUAUCAGUCACCAGCGAUCUGGAGCGGUACAAACCUCCAGCACACAGAAAGAAUGCAUGAAACUGCCGAAACCAACGAAACAAAAAGCUAACCUGACUAACCAAAUAUUCUAUUUCCCCCCCAAACCCACAGAGCAACAGAAUAUAUAUGUAGAAUGAGAGAUCUAUAUCUAUAGUGUAACUCCACAGAAGAUUACAUCCUUUAUAUUUUUUACUUCAGAGAGACAAGCUGCCUGUACACCAGUUGGUUGCCUUAGAAACCACAGUCACAAAAAAAAAAAGAAGAGAGAAAAGAAACAAGCCAGAGAAGACGGUGCCUUUUGAUUGGUCGGUUGGUUUCCCACCAUUUCAAGAUUUGUUGAUUUUUAGUUGGAUGUAAACUGUUUUGAAGUGAACUCUGGGAUUGAAAACGCCGCGCCUCAUGACAGACUAAACCCCCACAAGCUCCGCCCACCUGCCAAUAAAGUGUUUGUGAUUGGCCGCGUUUUCCCUGCCGGAUUGAACAAUUACCGAGCAUUUCCAUGGUGAUCACGUCAUCAACCGCGGAGGACAAGACCGUGCCCCCUUGCAGGAUGGUCCAAACAGAACCCUGGAUCAGCUCUGCCCUGCUGUGCAAGAACAAGAGUGUAAGCAGCUCAGGAUGUCCGCCCACCUCCUCCUCCUCCUCCUCCUCCUCCUCCUCCUCCACUGCCCAGGGCUUCUCCCUCGCUGAGCCAGCCAUGACCAGCCAGCACACACAUACACACCCCUCCUUCAGCUCCAUCCACUCCAUGGCCGAGCAGCAGCAGGUGCUGUCUGAUAUGACCAUACUCCAGCGGAGGAUCCCCCCUAGUUUCAGAGACCCUGCCAGCGCCCCACUGAGGAAACUCUCUGUUGACCUCAUCAAAACUUACAAGCACAUCAAUGAGGUGUACUAUACUAAGAAGAAGCGACGGGCCCAGCAGGUCCCUCCAGAGGACAGCAGCACCAAGAAGGAGAGGAAAGUCUACAACGACGGCUAUGACGACGACAACUACGACUACAUUGUCAAAAAUGGAGAAAAGUGGCUGGACCGCUAUGAGAUAGACUCGCUGAUCGGGAAGGGCUCCUUUGGACAGGUGGUGAAGGCCUACGACCACCAUGAGCAGGAAUGGGUUGCCAUUAAGAUCAUCAAGAACAAAAAGGCAUUUCUAAACCAGGCACAGAUUGAACUACGCCUGCUGGAGCUCAUGAACAAGCAUGACACUGAGAUGAAAUAUUACAUAGUCCACCUGAAGCGUCACUUUAUGUUUAGGAACCAUCUCUGUUUGGUGUUUGAGUUGUUGAGCUACAACCUGUACGAUCUGCUGAGGAACACCAACUUCAGAGGAGUGUCCCUCAACCUCACCAGGAAGUUUGCACAGCAGCUGUGUACAGCAUUAUUAUUUCUGGCCACUCCAGAGCUGUCAAUCAUCCACUGCGACCUGAAACCAGAGAACAUCCUGCUGUGCAACCCCAAGAGAUCUGCCAUCAAGAUAGUCGACUUUGGGUCCUCCUGCCAGCUCGGACAGAGGAUCUACCAGUACAUCCAGAGCAGGUUUUACCGCUCUCCUGAGGUUCUGUUGGGGAUGCCGUACGACCUGGCCAUCGACAUGUGGUCUCUGGGAUGCAUCCUGGUGGAGAUGCACACAGGAGAGCCUCUCUUCAGCGGCUCCAAUGAGGUUGACCAGAUGAAUAAGAUAGUGGAGGUUCUGGGGGUCCCGCCCAGCCACAUGCUGGAUGCCGCUCCUAAAGCCAGGAAGUACUUUGACAAGCUGUCAGAUGGCCUGUGGACAGUGAAGAAGAACAAGGACAUCAAGAAGGAGUAUAAGCCCCCAGCCACACGGCGUCUUCAUGAGAUUUUGGGUGUAGAGACUGGGGGCCCAGGGGGACGCAGGGCAGGGGAGCCAGGACACGCCCCCUGUGACUACCUGAAGUUUAAAGACCUGAUCCUGCGCAUGCUGGACUAUGACCCGAAAAGCCGCAUCACGCCAUUCUACGCCCUGCAGCACAAUUUCUUCAAGAAGACGACAGAUGAAGGAACCAACACCAGUUCAUCUACAUCCACCUCUCCUGCCAUGGACCACUCCCAUUCAACCUCCACUACUAGCUCUGUCUCUAGCUCUGGUGGCUCCAGUGGUUCUUCCAAUGACAACCGCAACUACCGCUACAGUAACCGCUACUACAACUCUGCUGUUACACAUUCAGACUACGAGAUGACCAGCCCUCAGGCUCCCUCCCAGCAGCAGAUGAGGAUGUGGCCCGGCAGUGAAGGUGGAGGUGGGGGUCAGGACCCAGCAUACACCCAGUUGCUGCUCCACAAGCCGGCGGCCUCCCAACAACACCAGCGCCACUUCCUGGACCCGCCCCACCACCCCCACCCCACCUACUCCCACCACGGGAACGGCGGGCGUGGCCUGCGGCAGGGCGGACAGACGGGCAUCGGUGGAGGGGGGGGCCAGCAGGGCUCCUCGCCCCAGAUGAGUGACAGCAUGGAUGUGGGCGUGUCCCUAGGGCUGCACCACCUGGGGGCGGUGUCUUCCAUGGAGGCCUCUCAGUUUGGCUCCGCCUCCCUGCCCCUCGCUUUGCCAAUCGGACUGUCUGCCUUCCGGACUCGGACGGCCCCCACCGCCCCAGGGCCACAAGCCCCGCCCCCUGAGGACUACUACCCUGCCUCCAACAACAAUAACCCGGCUGCGGGGGGCAGAGGGAGGCCGGACUCAGACGAGGGGCCCGCCAACUCUUGAUAAAACCUGAACCAUGCCCUAAAGCCAUACAAUUUUAACUACAACUACUACAACUACACACACACACAGCCAGAGUUCAGAGACAAAGAGGCAAACUUUGUGCUGAAGGAGUUUGUACUGCAUGAGAGGAGGAGGAGCAGGAGGAGGAAGAUGCUGGGAAAACUCUCCUUUUUAUCUGCUUUUUAGUUUGUUGUCUUCUUUCGACGCGACUGUAAUUGGAAAAGGAAUGAUUGUUGACAAGUUUGUUUUUAUUAAUAUUAUUAUUAUUAUUGUUGUUUAAUAUUAUUUGAUUUUUUUUUUUUCUCUCUCUCGGGUUUGAGGAGUUGUGUGUUCUACUUGGUUGUUGUUUAAGCCUGGAGAGGAGGAGGAGGAGGACGAAGAGGAAAGAGAGAGGAGCCAUGCUUUCCCAUGUUUCUCCAUGUGGUGGCUGGGACGCGUUUCAUGCUCAACACCGGUCAGUUCUGACAUCAGCGCAUUCAUAUUCACGGUCCCUGGAGACGAGCAGUCUUAACACGCACACACACGUGCACACGUGCGCGGCACACACACACACACACACACACACACACACACACACACACAGUGCUGCAUCAAGCAGACAGAAGCUGGUUUCAAAGGGAGAAAGCACCAACACGUGUGAUUCAGGACUCAUGGAUUCUCUCUCGUCUGUGUUAAACUCACUUUUUCUUCGAGUUUGUGUCCUUCGCUCUGUCAGCGUACGGAGGGAGGGAGGUGGGGGGGGGGGGAGGCAGGACACUGACGCUCGUAGGGAUCUCCUCCUCCUCCUCCUCCUCCAGCUCUCCCUCCCCUGCUUCCUUCUUCCUCUCCUCCUCCUCCUCCUCCUCCUCCUCCUGUGUUUCUCCUCCAGACAGCUCCUCCUCUCUGUGCUGCUAAUCACCAUGACAACUGGUCCGGAUUGCUGCUAAAGAUCCAACACAGAUCAAUAAAGAAAUAAAAAGAAAUAGAAACAGAAAUAAAAAAAAAUAAAAAAAAACUUUUUAACCCUUCUGCUUAAGAGAAAAGGAUAAAGUAAGAACCACUGCAUCUCAAUGUAUUUAUUACUAUUUAACAAGAAAAAACAAACUGAAAGUAA